UUCAGAUAUGCGCACAUAUGUGAACAAUUAGUACUCAAUAUUCUGUGCGUCUAUCUGCGUCUGCGGUAGUGAAUUGGUAAAUCCAGAUCGAGACAGACAACAGCGCAGGGGAGUAGAGACCAAGUGUGAGUUCAUACACCUUUGGGCGGUUGUAUUCCGGUCCACUUGGAGAGCCUUACUGGCGUCCUGGGCAUCAUGAGCGUCACCGCCGCUGACAAGAAACCUGAUCGAACCACAAACGGGAGAGAAGAGCGGUUACUUCUGGAAGGGGAAGCUCAUAUCGACCACUUGAUUUCCCUGCUUGAGUUGGAACGCAAUACGGAAAUCAGCGAGACACGGGAGAACCUAGCGCACCUGGCACCGCAGUCUUUGCAGGCACGUGGAGUAUGUUUACUCAACUUGCGGGCGGCGGCCACACGCACUGGCUUGGCGGGAAAGGUCGUUGUUGAGUUUGAGCGUAAUUCAGGCGCAGAUAUUCUCCCGCCACAUUCGUUCAGAGUGGGUGACGUGGUUGGGGUUGUCGAAGGCAGUGGAAAGCAGGCCAAGAAGACGGAGAAGUUGGCUGCUGAAGGCGAGGGUGUCCUUGUGAAAGUCGAGGACACCAGAAUCACAGUGGCCUUCAAGGAAGACGUGGAAGGCGGUUGGGAGGGAAGAAUUUGCCGGAUGAAUAAAUUAGCAAAUGAGAUCACCUAUAAGCGAAUGGUAUUUUCUCUUUCGGCACUAAACGUCGCCGCCUCCACGAAUUCUCUUUCGAACUUGCAAGAAAUCCUCCUCGGCAAACGCGAUCCGACGUCGUUCCAAUCAUCCAAUGUCAACUUGACAUUCUUUAACGAUCGAAUCAAUGACAGUCAGAAAGAGGCAGUGCGCUUAGCGGUAGGCUCGCCAGAGAUUGCAUUGAUACACGGGCCGCCUGGGACGGGAAAGGUAUUGAUUGCCCCCAAUGAAAGCUGGUAGUGGGACUUCUGACUCACCGUAACCACCUCCAGACUGAGACCCUCGUAGAGGUCCUGAAGCAGUUGGUUAAAGAAGGGCUUCGAGUCCUGGUGUGCGGCCCUUCCAAUA